AUGGCCGGCAAUAAGAUAAAGGGUGCUAAACCACAAAACCCUCCUCCCAUAAAGAAGCAAAGGAGUGACUUUUUUACUGCUAGACUUGCAAAGAAAGAUGACUUUUCUGACCAUUCUGACAGCAUGGAUGAAGUAGAGCAACACGAGGAGUUUGAUGGAGAAGAGCAACAUUUUGGCUCUGGUUCAGAAAUUUCUUCUGAUGGGGAUGAUCCUCUAGCCGAUGUUCUUCAAGGAAGUGAUGAUGAAGAAGAGAAAGGCUUGGGCUCAGACUCGGGUUCAGAUUCGGAAUCCGAAUCUGAUAUCGAGGAGAAGUCAAGAGCUAUUGAUGCUGAAAGGGACAGGGCCCAAAAAGAAGCAGUGGAGGAAUUGCAUCUCAACAUUAAAGCGGAAUCUGAUGAGUUUAGAUUGCCAACCAAGGAGGAGCUUCAAGAAGAGGCACAUCGGCCCCCCGACCUUCCAAAUCUCCAAAGGCGGAUAAAAGAGAUUGUUCGAGUGCUUUCAAAUUUUAAGGCCUUGAGGCAAGAGGGAACUACAAGGAAGGAUUACAUUGGGCAGCUUAAGAAGGAUUUAAGCUCAUACUAUGGCUACAAUGACUUCCUAAUUGGGGCUUUAGUGGAGAUGUUCCCCGUUGUUGAACUUCUGGAAAUUAUGAAGCCUCGCCCGAUAUGUUUGCGAGCUAACACUUUAAAGACAUGGAGGCGGGAUUUGGCAGAUGUUCUGAUAAACAGAGGUGUAAACCUAGAUCCCUUGAGCAAGUGGUCAAAAGUAAGGAGGAUCUCAUUCUGUUUGUUACAGCUUCAGAGUGCAAGCUCUUUUUUGCCUGUUAUGGCCCUUGCUUCUCAAGAAAAGGAACGAAUCAUUGAUAUGGCGGCUGCACCUGGUGGCAAAACGACCUAUAUUGCUGCGCUUAUGAAAAAUUGUGGAAUUAUUUUCUCAAAUGAGAUGAAGGCCCCAAGGCUUAAGUCCCUCCCUGCUAAUCUGCAUCGCAUGGGAGUGACGAACGCCGUAGUUUGUAACUAUGACGGGAAGGAGCUCCCUAAGGUUUUGGGUGUCAACGCAGCUGAUAGAGUAUUGCUGGAUGCCCCUUGCAGUGGGACUGGGGUUAUUUCUAAAGACGAGUCUGUUAAAAACUCAAAAAGCUCUGAAGAAAUACAGAAAUGUGCCCAUUUGCAGAAGCAACUCAUUCUUGCCGCAAUUGACAUGGUGGAUGCCAAUUCGAAAUCUGGGGGAUACGUUGUCUACUCUACCUGCUCCAUAAUGGUUGCUGAGGAAGAGGAAUGUUGAAUUAGUGUCUUGUGGGCUUGACUUUGGGCGUCCAGGGUAAGGAUAUUUCCACUCUUUGUGGAUCACAUCUGCUGGCAAAAUUAAUGGAUUUCCAAGUUUAUUACGGUUUUCUGUCUACCAGGUUUAUCCGCUUUAGGGAACAACGCUUUCACCCAUCCUUGGAAAACACAAGGCGUUUCUAUCCUCACGUUCAAAAUAUGGAUGGAUUUUUUGUGGCGAAAGUAGGUAUAGAUCUGUGAUAUGAUUUUUUAAUUAGAUAGCCAACAUUUUUCUUUCAUGGCUAUGCUUGUGAGUGUAUACGUGCAUGUGGUUUUGAUUAACUGCACUUUCCGCGGGGGGG